ACCAGUAAAACUCUCAGGGGUGUUUGUCCACUGUGCUGGUGAGACUGGUCCGUCUCUCCAUGAUCGGUGGGGGCUUUUUGUUUAAGCCAAUAGGCGGGGAGGAACAUUAAUGUCCUUCCAGUGUGACCGUGUAGGAGCGGCACUGCGCUCACGUUCCCAUCUGAAGACUGCGAUGCUGUGACGGUGCGUAAAGUCAAAUCGCUCCCCGAGAGAGCGGACAGUUCCUGGGCUUUAAACUUAGCCAUUUGCACAGUGCUUUGUUCAAUCCCCGCGGAAAACAAGUGUGUUGUUUUUCUUCUCUUUUUUUAUACAUUUUUAAUUUUGGGGGAUUUUGCAUAUAAUGCAGAUAAGGCGCUCUGUGACCAUUUUUUGCUACAACGGGAGUACUGGUUCUGGAUACUCUGUUUGCUGAGACUGACCUCUUGCCGUGACAUAGUCUGAUGAGCUUGCCGAGUGCAGUGGGACCAGUCCUCCACCUCCAUUGUGGGACGCACCAAAGGGACUGUAUGAUGGACCAAAAAGUCAGCAAGCUAACUUCUGGCUUUCAGCGCAGCUCGACGUCUGAUGAUGACUCUGGCUGUGCUCUGGAGGAGUAUGCCUGGGUGCCACCUGGCCUUCGACCUGAACAGGUGCAGUUAUAUUUCUCUUGUCUACCUGAGGAUAAGGUCCCAUAUGUAAACAGUCCAGGGGAGAAGUUCAGAAUCAAGCAACUCCUCUACCAACUUCCACCACAUGACAAUGAGAUUCGUUACUGUCACACACUCAGUGAGGAAGAGAAGAAGGAGUUGCAGAUGUUCAGCCUCCAGAGGAAAAAAGAAGCACUGGGAAGAGGAGCCGUCAAACUGACACCCCGCAAUCUUCAAAACAGCAUUUGUGAGCAUUGUGGUGACAACAUUAACGGUGGGGAAAUGGCAGUGUUUGCCUCCAGGGCGAGUCCUGGGGUGUGCUGGCACCCAGCAUGCUUUGUCUGCUCAACAUGCAAUGAACUUCUGGUGGAUUUGAUCUACUUUUACCAUGAUGGAAAGAUCCACUGUGGAAGGCACCAUGCUGAACUGCUCAAACCACGCUGCUCGGCCUGUGACGAGAUCAUCUUUGCUGAUGAAUGCACGGAGGCAGAGGGUCGCCACUGGCACAUGAAGCACUUCUCCUGCUUUGAAUGUGAGAUCAUUCUUGGAGGGCAGCGUUACAUCAUGAAGGACGGCAGACCCUACUGCUGUGGUUGCUUUGAGUCCCUCUAUGCAGAAUAUUGUGAAGCUUGUGGCGAACAUAUUGGUGUUGAUCAUGCUCAGAUGACCUACGAUGGACUCCACUGGCAUGCUAGUGAAAACUGCUUCAGCUGUGGCCAGUGUAAGAGCUCUCUCAUUGGGUGUCCUUUCCUGCCACACCAGGGCCACAUUUACUGCUCUAAGGCCUGUGCUCUUGGGGAAGACGUGCAUGCUUCUGACUCCUCUGACUCUGCCUUCCAAUCAGCACGCUCACGCGAAUCCCGCUGCAGCGUUAGGUUGGGCAAAAGUAGUCGCUCAGCCGACCAGUGCAGACAGUCACUCCUCUUCUCGCCCUCUGUCAACUAUAAGUUCCCCGGCAUUAGUGAAAAUGCAGAGGACACCUUGACCAAGAUGGCUCACAUGAGCUUAUCAGAUGAGCAUUUGUGGCGGGAGCGUGGAGAGGAGGCAGAGGUACCAGAAGACCAAGAAGAGGAGUGGGCUGAACAUGAAGACUACAUGACACAGCUGUUAUUAAAGUUUGGGGAACAUGGGAUUUUUCAGCAAACUUGUGACUCUAGACCUACAGAUUUCUGGAUAGCAGAUGUCAAAUCAAAGCAGGAGUCAUCCAAAACUGGCAGCAGUGGAAGAGCAGAGAGGGGAGGCUUGGUCAAUAAGACAUACCAGGCUGACAUGUACCGGACACAAUCACAGGACGGGUUGGGGGACUCUGCAUAUGGUAGCCAUCCGGGACCAGCAAGCAGCAGAAAAAUCCAAGAGCUGGAACUGGAUCAGAGUGCCGGAGGUGGUUUGCCUGGAGAGGAGCCGCAGUGGUACACUAACUCUUUGGAGUGCAUUACAACGGAGUUCAAGAAAAAAGAGCAAAGUGUCCGGGACUCAAAGGAGUCUCUCGCUCUCUCCAACAUCACUGGUGCUUCAGUGUGUGGUGAUUAUAAAGCAAGGCCUAAGGUGUACUCCCUCCAGGCUCUUCAUGACUAUGAUGCAGAGGACUGUGACAAAACCAGCAAUAUGGGAACCCUCAACUCGUCAAUGUUACAUAGAAGUACAAAUUCCUUAAAAAGUCUUGAGGAUGAACAUGUACCAGAAGUGACAGAAGUCCCCUUACAGGAAAGGCCCAAACCUCAUGUCCCUGCCUUGAGGAGGGCACGCUCGCAAUCUAGGCCCCAGCAGGUCAAGUUCUCUGAUGAUGUGGUGGACAAUGGCCAUUAUGGCGACCUCCCAUUGCGUCAGCCCCCUAUGAGUGAACGAACUCGCAGGAGAGUGUAUCACUUUGAUGACCAGGGGCACAACCUACAAUCUGGUCGACAUAAUCACCACCACAGGAGGCGUCGCAGUCGCAAGUCACGGUCUGACAAUGCCCUUAAUCUUCUCCCAAAGGAGAGAGCACCCAUGUGCUACAAGAGCGACCAUAGAGGCAAUUCAUUCGGACCAAAGGGGCACCAAGUCUUCCACGGUCACCCCAAUUCAGCUGCCAUGUCGGAUUACAGACUACCGGGCCCAGCUACGGGAAGGUUUUUGGGAUUAUAUGGUGGUGAUGAUGAUGAUGACUGGUGCUCUACGUGUUCCUCUUCCUCCUCUGACUCAGACGAAGAAGGUUUUUUUCUGGGACAGCCUAUACCUCAGGCAAGACCUCACAGACAUUAUUACACUGAUGAUUUAGCCAGCCAAGUUGCAGGCAAGUCCUCUCCUCCUUACAACCAGUGGACCAAGUCCAAAAAGAAAAAAGGACGUAAAAGCAAAAACUGUAUUAUUUCAUAGGCUUUGCUUAGCUUUUGUAAUGCUGCCACUUAAAUUUCUUUAUUUCAUUAACCAUUUAAAGUACAACAGCAAUUUGCUUGCUAUUUAAUGCCUUACAGCACUCAGUUUGUCAAGGUAGUUGUGUUGCACACUAUACAUCUGUGUCAUUACAACUAUCAGUAAAGUGUUUUAUUCUGAUACAUAUUUAUAACACACAAUCUAAACAGUGCUUAUUUAAAAUGCUGUUGUGAUAUAUAAACUGCUGAAUUGAAAAGGCGAUAACAAUUAAUGGUCUUUGUGACAAAAUGGCAUAGAUCCCAAACUACUGGCAGUUGGUUGAGGACCAUUUAAUGUGGAUUUAUUUAGUAGCCUGUGAAUCUUCAGAUGUGUUGCUUCCAGGCUUGUGUGCCAAGAUAAAAAAAGCACUGUGUGUAUUACACUGCUUCACUGAGGAGUGUACUAAUUGUUUCAUUGUAUUGUAACCUAUGUAUUCUGUAUAAAUGUACAAACAGGGAAAUAAGGCCAUAAUUAGUAACAAUAAUAAAAUAUCUAUGUAAUAACUUC